GACCCCCCCCCCCUUAGAUUUUUCACCGUACGCCCCUGAAUAAGUAUGGUAUUUCUCUCUGUGUAGGUGUUCAUCCAACAGCAGACGUAUUAUAGCAGACACUAUGUCAGGAAGUUCACUUCUAAAGAACAAAUGCUACGUAAAUGGCAAAUGGAUCGGAGCCAAAGAUGGAGCCACUUUUUCCGUCACCAACCCGUCAACGGGAGAGAUUGUUGGCGAUGUUCCUGACAUGGUCGAAGGUGACGCUGUCGAGGCAAUUGCAGCAGCUGAUAAGGCAUUCCAGACUUGGAGUGAGACAACAGCCAAAGAACGAUGUCAAAUCCUACACAAAUGGAACGAACUCAUCCUGAAAAACAAAGAAGAAUUGGCAGCAAUUUUAACGAAAGAGAUGGGUAAACCACUAAAGGAAUCAAUGGGAGAAGUCGGAUACGGAUCAACUUUCGUAGAUUGGUUUGCAGAAGAAGCACGCCGUGUAUGCGGUGACGUCAUCGCCCCUCCAGCCAAAGGCAGAAAAUUAUUCGCCAUAAGGGAACCUGUUGGUGUUGCUGGAAUGAUAACACCAUGGAAUUUUCCGCAUGCAAUGAUAACUCGAAAAGCUGCAGCUGCCCUGGCCGCCGGUUGUACAGUCGUUCUGAAGCCUGCUGAAGAUACACCAUUCUCUGCUCUAGCACUAUGUGAGCUUGCAGAUCAGGCUGGUUUUCCGCCUGGAGUUUUAAACAUCAUCACUUGUUCGAGACCAAAUGCUGUAAAAGUUGGGAAUACCAUCUGCACCAGUCCGCUGGUUGCAAAGAUUUCCUUUACCGGUUCAACGGCCGUUGGAAAGAUUUUAUUGGCAAGUGGUGCCAGCACCGUCAAAAAAUUCUCUUUGGAACUCGGUGGCAACGCUCCAUUUAUCGUAUUUGACUCGGCUGAUGUGGAUCGAGCGGUUACUGGACUUAUGGUCUGCAAGUUUAGAAACACAGGACAGACAUGCGUUUGCGCAAACAGAAUACUUGUUCAUGAGAAAGUAUAUGACAGCUUUGUGGAGAAGGUAGUGGUGGCGAUGAAAGAACAACUUCACGUCAAAGAUGGCCUUGACCCUAAAUGCACAGUCGGUCCUCUGAUAAACCAACGAGCAGUGGAAAAGGUCGAAAGUCACAUCAGUGACGCGCUAUCGAAGGGUGGGAAGUUAGUGCUUGGUGGAAAGAGGCAUGAACUUGGUGGAACGUUCUUCGAGCCAACGCUCAUCUCUGAUGCAACAGCCAAUAUGAUGUUCUGUACUGAAGAAACAUUUGGCCCAAUGGCUGCUAUUAUGAAAUUUAAGACAGAGAAGGAAGCUGUUAAAAUCGCAAACGAUUCUCGAGCCGGCUUGGCAGGUUAUUUCUACUCGAAUGACCUGAGCCAAGUGUGGCGAGUAGCAGAUAAAUUAAACGUGGGCAUCAUUGGUAUUAACGAGGGUUUAGUGUCUUGCGUGGAGGGACCGUUUGGUGGAGUGAAGGAAUCUGGAUUUGGUACUGAAGGAUCAAAGUAUGGAAUCGAAGAUUAUCUCCACAUUAAAUAUGUUUGCAUCGGUGGAUUAUAAAUUCAACCUUUAUUGGAUUCUAUAACGUUAAAUUAAAAAGUGAUUAUGCAAUGUGUUGGGUAUUAGCUGGCUGAUCAAUGCCAAUAAUAUGCAAUAAUUUAUAUUUUAGGCCAAAAUUUGAGUCAAGCAGUCAUAGUAUUCAUCUAUGAAGAUAUGUUAGAUACCUUUUGCCGAAGGGACGUGUAAAAAAGUUUUUAGUCCUAAACUUAUAACCACAUUUGCAAGUAGGCCCCUUUCCAACGUUUAUUACUUUUGCAAACUGCAACUCUCAUAUCAUUUUGAUUGCCUUGAAGGAACUAGUGGUUGAAAGCAUAUCAUUAUUUUUAAAUAUAAACAUUUAAAAUUUGAAACUGGGGAUAAGUUCUAUGAGCUCCGUUGCUCGGUAAGGAUUUAAUACUAUAAAAUAAAUAUCAUAAUAAACCAGCACUUGUUAUGCAACAUCUAUCAAACCAGAACCCAAAAAAAAACCCCAUUUUGAGGCGGCAUGGAUACGACAACCUAGCUUCAUCUGGUCUUGCAAUAGCAUAUUAUCCCGCUUUCAAUACACAACUGACACCUUGGUGAUGUAUGAUUUUUAUCAUUGGAAAAAUAAAUACUGUACUAAUACUGUA